AUGGCUACUAAGCCAGUGUCAGCCAUUCUUGUACUUGUCAUCAUGGUUCCUACCGUUGCUUUGCCGACCGAACACAUGGUUGGAGACAACAGUGGUUGGACGAUUAAAUUCGAUUAUGAAAAAUGGGCCAAUUGCAAGGAAUUCCAAGUUGGAGAUAAACUCAUUUUUAAGUACCCACAGGGAGUUCACAAUGUCUUCAAAGUGGACGGUACAGGCUUUAAGAACUGUGUGGCGCCGUCGGACAAUGAGGCUUUAUCAACCGGAAAUGAUGUGAUUACCCUAGCGGCUCCUGGAAAGAAGGGGUACAUAUGUGGAGUUGGCAAUCACUGCGAGUCUAGGGGACAGAAGCUGGCCAUCAACGUUCAAGUGGCAGACCAGAAAUCAGCAGCGAAUGGGAUCGUGACAUUUGGAUAUCAAGCAAUCACAUUGGCAGGGAUUACAUUCGCAGUGUGGGUCUAGUUUGAUUAGCGUCGUCGACUUCACUUUGAUGAAACAGAAGAUUCAUGAUUUUUCUUUUUCUUUUCUUCUGUUUUCAUUUGUUUAUUUUAUUUUUUAAUUUGGUUUUUUUGUUUUUUGUCCUGGAAUUGAUGGGUGGGUUCCCUUUACAUGUAUCAGUGUUACCCAAGAUUUAAAUGGCAUUAUGAAAAUUUACCAAAGUUCUACUGAUUCCGUCACAGUCAAUCCCCAUGUUGCCACACGUAUGCAUAUACACAGCGCCAUGCCUCGAAUACUUGUUUUCUUGCGGUCGAAUCUUGGGUGCGUCACACUCCCACAUUUGAAUGUAGACUGUUGGAGAGUUUAUCUAAUCUUCCAUUUUAGUAUACGUGUGGCUCAUUG